AUGAGAGACUCCCGCGCCCACUCCUCCCCGCCCAACGGCCCCGCGGGCCGUGACGGCCCCGCGCUGACUCCGCCGCAGGAGCGUGCCGCAGCGGCGUGCAGAGCGGAGCUGCGGAACGUGCUGCAGCAAUGGGCAGCGGAAGCGAGGCGGAGAGAGGCCGAGGCGGACUACCAGGCCGCGUUGUCUGUGAUGCUGCCGAGCCCCGACGCUCAGCUCACACGGGAACCUCACAGGCCCGCUAGCCCCGCUGAUAGCCCUGAUAGUCGCCCUACAACGGCCGAUAGUACCACUACCGGCGCCAAUGGCGCAGGUGGUCCUGUUCCUGGUGGCGGUCCUGCUGGUGCUGCCGGUGGCGGUGGUGGUGCUGCUGCUACCGCCGGCAGCCCAGCAGACUCCGCCGCGCUGCUGUGCUCCGCGGGCUGGCGGCGGGCGGCGAUGGCGCGCGCAGCAACGAGCGCGUACGUGAGGAGGGCGGUGACGCGGAACGCGACGUCGCUGGCGCGGAUAGAAGCGGGCGUGGAUGCUGUUUGCCGCGGGUCCACGAGAGCACGCAAGCUUCCCCACGUUGCCCACUCUAGCAAGCAGCUCUGUGUUCCUCCCUCCCCCUCCCCAUUCACCUCUUCCAUUCAACACGCCCUCCAUUCCAUCCUCACCGGUGUCCACCAGGGCGCACGAGCACUACGGAGAAGCCUAAUCCCGCCCUCACCUGCCCCAUUUCCCACUGCCUGCAUUCCAUCCCCCCCUAGACCACCAGGAGGCGCAGGUUCCUCGUGUUCGCCUACUCUGAAGAGCAGCUCUCUUUUUGUUAGGCGCCGCGCCUCAAAAGUCACUGCCUGCAUUCCAUCCCCCCAAGGCCAGCAGGGGGCGCAGGCCACGAGGGGCAGCAGGUUCCUCGUGUUCGCCUACUCGGAAGAGCAGCUCUCCAACACGCGCUCUCACCUCGUCGAGGCCGCCCGCUUCGCCCAAGCCACCAACCGCACGCUCGUGUUGCCCAAGGGAAGUCGCAGCCGCCUCUCACUCGCGCGUGCCCUGCCCCUCUGCGACUACUUCGAUCUCUCUCGCCUCGACGCCCACUGGAUCUCGCCAGACCUCUUCCUGCUGCUCGCUAGAGCCGCUCUCACCCCGCCCUUUGCUGCUGCCGCGGCAGUAAAAGCCAGCCCUUCAGUGGCGUUCAUACAUGUGCAGACCUCCCGUGCAUGGCGGAUGUCCUUCACUCAAGGGCCUCUGGCGGAGAUGCUGAGUGAGCUGAUGGUGUAUGGAAUGGGCCACGCACCGUCGAGACGCAACACUGUUGAUGUCACCUUGCCCGCCAACAGCAGCGCAGUGCUCCAGCAGUUGCAUCAGUGGCGGAACAGAGACGUGCUGGUGUGGGUGAAGACCACAUACGACCGAGUGGCCUUCCACCGCCCCACAGACGACACCUCCUUCCAGAUGCUUCCAUACAGCCAGGCAUGGCACGCCAUGGCGCAUCGAGCCAUGGCCCAACUGCCCCCCCGGUACAUUGCGGUGCACUACCGUUCCGAGUUCAUCGCCUUCCACCUCGCGCACAAGCUAGUGCAAAGAGGCUUCAAGGUGGAGGCAGGCGCGCUGGAGGAGCUCAUGGCGGGGUGCAUGGAGGCGGCGCGCGACCUCAUCAACGGCAUGAAGCGCCGCCACAACAUCUCCGCCGUCUUCAUCGCCGCCGACGUGGCGUUUGACGACAAGGCGGGCAGCGUGGUGCGGUCGGACUCGUGGAAAACGACCACGUGGAUGUUCCAAGGGCAAGCGCGCGUGCUGGAGGCCCCGCGGGAGAAGCUGCGGUGGCUGAGGGAGCAGGUGGCGGGGACUGUGAUGGUGGAUGAGCUCAUGCCUGCAAUCAACCACUACGACCCCGGCAUCGUGGCCAUAUUGGACAAGCUGCUGUGCGCGCAUGCCCACGUUUUCCUGGCAGGAUCCAGCACAUGUGGGGGGAGCCGCGGCUUUGAGCAGGACAUUACGCAACACAGGAGUCAAUUGAUCAAGACCCUCCCCCAUAGAUGGGUCUCACGGACAGACAAGCUUCUACAGCAGUCAAAUGGCAGCUCUGCAGGUGUAGGGUAA